AUGCAACAACAUCAUGAUCAUCAAUCAGCUUGGCUCCUCACUGGUCUCGCCGUACGAAGCGGCCAACGCAUGGGACUCCACAAAAGUACUAUCACACGAAACAUACCACCCUUCGAAUCUGAAUUGCGGCUCAGACUUUGGUGGCAGAUCAUACUUUUGGACUGCAAAGCUGCAAAGCUAUCCGGGUUUGCGAUGGAUAUCAAAGCCGACAGUUAUUUUAGUGGCCAGCUACCGCUGAAUAUCAACGAUGCAAAUCUAUACCCUGAAAUGACUGGGCUGCCUGCCGAAAUUACAUCGCAUUCAACCGAGAUGGUACUUUGUCUCGUCAUCUACGAAUGCACGAGUUUCAUCACAAAGUUCCCAAGUCUGGUAGAUAUGGGGAGCUGUGAAGAGGACGAAUUACAAAAGACAAGCAAUUACAUUAUUGAUGAGUUUGUCGAGCGGCUGCAGAAUAGAUUUCUGUGUUUCUGCGAUGAGGCCAACUCAUUCCAACUUUUGACGACGUUACUUGCCAAAAUAUUCUUGUCCCAGAUACGUAUCAGAGCGCUACAGGCUUUACAAAGACAUCAGAAAAACUCCACAAGCUCUACUGGAAUCUCCCAUCAAAUGUCCGCACAACAUGGGGAAAUGCUACUAAUCUGGCAUACCGAUGUGGUUGAAACUACAAACAAAAUUUACGACACUUCGGCUUUACAACAGUACAUAUGGUUCGUCCACAAUCUCUUUCCAUACGAAUCCCUCGUAUACAUUCUGAAGGUCCUACAAAGUAGAAUAAAGGGUAGCGAAGUUGAGCGUGCAUGGUAUGCCGUUGAUGUAAUACUGAAUAUUUUCGCAGGCACUGACUGGCUACCAUGUGGGAAUCCGAACGAUGGCAUGUAUGCAGCCAUGGGAGCAUUGGCAAUCAAGGCAUGGCGUGCUCGUACGUCUGCAUGUUUGCCCGAUGGGUUGCUUAGUUUUCGUUGGGUAGAUAUCCUAUCUCUGAAGCUUGGUAUGAACCAGCAGAGGGAUGAUAUGGCUCAAGCAGAAGAUGUUGCAGGUGUGGAAAUUCCCGGUGAUACAAAUCCGCUUAAUCACUUCUUUCCGACUGGUGAAGCGGCAGGUGGGCAAAGUAUGGAGAUUGGGUGGGAUUAUUGGACGGAGUUCAUAGAGCCUCUAUAG